UCCUUUGACAAACACACUUUACGGAUAAGUGACUUGCGCGAAUCAGUCGGACAUUACGAAAACGGUGUUAGUUGCUGAAGUGUGUGAUGGUGAUACAUUGCAACGAGUGUGAAUUGUGACACAGUUAUAAAACGAAUAUUUACACAAUAAUUUGCGAUCGAAACGAGUUAAAAAUGCCGAAAAGAAAACGCAGUAAAUCACCCAAUUUGGAUUUAAUUGAGGAUGGAUUUGACGAUGAGCUGGAUUCGAACGACGACAAAUCCGACACCCCCAUCCAGCGGAACGCGGCCAACGCCCGGGAACGAGCCCGAAUGCGCGUCCUGUCAAAGGCAUUUUUCAACCUGAAGCGAAACAUCCCGUGGGUCCCCGCAGACACAAAACUCUCAAAGUUGGACACUCUGCGACUAGCGAAAAAUUACAUCAGCUAUCUGGCCGCUACCCUGGACGGCCAAUCGGUGGAGAAUAUUUCCACCAACCUGGGCCAGCCGGCAAAAACGGCAUGGCCCUUCAUAUUCCAACCGGUGCAGCCGCACGAUGCGACGUCCAACGCCAAGGCGUCAAGGCUUGUUCCCGUGGUUAGCCGAACCGACAAGAACGGUAUCAAAUCUCAGCCGUCAUCGGCAGCAUCUGCUCCGACGGGAACGUCAUUUGCCGCGACGGCCGAUUCUGGCUUCGAAGAAUCUCGAUCGCUGAACCAGCAGUAUCAUCACGCAAUCGUGCACCAUCAUCACCAGAACCAGAACCAUCGAGGACAUUCAUCGGCAGCAGAUGCUAGCAAUCAUCUUCACGGCUAUUCUCAUCUUCAGCAUCACCAUUUAGUUCAUUCUAUGAGCGAUUGAUGAGCGAAAGAAUGUCGUACUUUGGCACCAAACUGAUCGUACUGCAAAUUUUCAGUUAAGAUAUUUAAGUAAAAGUAUUAUUUAUCGAUAAACAGCGUAACUUUUUUCAAAUUUGAUUA